AUGUCGAAGAUCCCAAGAAAUUUUGCGAAAUUUUCAAAGGAAAAUUUUGACAAGCUUCGUAACCAAUGGGAAACUGAAGCGUAUCUCGAAAUAUCGAAAAAUCGUCUUCGGGAACAUGCUGAUCAAAUAAUCGAAGCGAAAUGGGGCACCUUGGAAGGUUGCACUGCGCGUUGUCCUACUUGUGAUUCAAAAUGUGAAGAUAUUAAAGGCACCAGAUAUACACAGCAUACAUCUGCACAUGUGAUCACGGCCUUUGGCGGAUAUAGGUAUGUGCACAGCAGAGAAACAGGCUUGGUUGUUUGUUCUGAAAAAGCAUCACACGAGUUGCGUUGGAAAGGUAACAAUAUUGACCAAUUUGUUGAGUUAAACAUGUUGAUGGACAUCAACCAACCACCUUGGCUAAAAAUAGAGCCUAAAGAUGUUGCGGAUAACGAGAUAAGAAAUAUGCGUGGUGAUGGUGGCAUCUUUGAGAGGAAUGGUGUGAAAAAUAUG